AUGGAUCUGAAAUCAUCAUCAGAUGAAACCAAUGAUAUUAUUAGUGACACAAUGGAUGAUAUAGUUGUCAAUGUCUCUGAUAAAAACUACAAAAUCGGUUUCUACAGACAAACGCCAUUAUUGGUUGGUCUAAACCUAACGGUUCCCAAAGCAAACAUCUUAUCAAUUGUCGGACCAAAAGGUAGCGGCAAAACAUUGAUACUUCAAUGUAUUGCUGGUCUGAUUAGACCAUCAAACGGCAAGAUUGAAGUGUUUGGCGAAGAUUGUUCACAACAACAACAACGACAACAAGAAAUUUACAGAUCUAUUGGAUAUAUGCCACAAAAAUUAUCACUUUAUGAUGGAUUAACUGUCGAAGAGAUAAUGAAAUAUUUUGGCCAACUUUACCAAUUGCCUCAGGAGUUGGUCCAAACAAAGAUUGACUAUUUGGUUGACUCGAUUUCGUCGACGACAAACAACAACAACAAAAAGAGUACAUUAAUUAGACAACUGACCACUAAUGACAAAGUAGUCGUAUCGUUGGCCAUAACGGUACUACAUUCGCCUCGAUUGCUGCUCAUGGAUGAGCCUACAAGACAUUGCGAUCCGUGGCUCAAGCGAUCCAUUUGGCAACAGCUCCGGCAUCUCUGUCUAACCGAAAAGGUUACGAUAGUAGCCACUAGUAGACACAUUGACGAAUCAAAAUAUGCCGACACUGUGGCACUGGUCGGACGAGAUGGACAACUCGUUGAAGAGUCGGUACCCAAACAUUUUGCUAAUGAUUUUGCUUCAGUCGAUGAUAUGUUUGAUAAAUUGUUUUUCAAUAAACAACAACAACAACAACAUCUCAUUGACAACAAGUUUUGCGGAACAAGUUGUCUAUCAGUGACGACAACUACAAGUAUUACCACAAUUCAGGAUCAAAACAACAUUAGUAAAGAAGAAGAAGUAUUUGAUGCCAAAGAAGAAGUUACCGAAAGUCAAACAUCACUCUAUGUGACCACAGACGACGACAUUGACGGUCAAAGUGGUAGUGAUAGUGGCUUUAGGAGUGGAUGGAUCAGUAAAUCAGUUACCACUAAACGUAUAUCAGCUCUCUAUUACAAGAAUCUGAAACAACAGAUGCGAAACAAAUGGUUUCUUAUGUUUUACUUACUAUACCCGGCACUGGCUGUCAGCCUGUUUUGUGCCUGUAUUGGCAAAAAUCCAUACGACAUACCCGUCGGUGUCUACAAUCCUGAUCGGCCGUCGUUUGUCAGCGAUAUUAUACUCAAGAGUUUCAAUCAGAAAGUGAUUCAAUUGAUUGAAUACGACACGUUUGAGUCGGCCUACGAAGCCGUCCGUCAUAAUCAUGUCUGGGCUAUGCUAUCGUUUCCACACAACUAUACCCGAUCUAUGCUUCACAGAUCAUCGCAGGGAUGUGAAUCAGGUGAAGACCUAACAGAAAUUGAUAUCGUCGGCGAUGGCGAUGACGACAACAACGGUGGCGAUGACGAGACCACUGCCGAAGAAUCGAUUGUCGACACCAAACAUAUCGUCCGACACAAGAAUGACAACGAAUCGAUUGAUGAUAAUAAAAGACAAACUAAUAGAUCAAUCGGAGAUCUGGAGAUUAUGGAUGACAUGAUGUCGUCUACGAUAGACAACAACACCAUUACCAACAACAACAACAACAAUAGUAAAGAGAUUGAUAAUACAGCCGGUGAUGAUGACAACGACAACGACUAUGAGAUAAUAGAUGAAGAACCGAAACUAAAACUAUUGACAACAAUUGAUUUAUAUAUGGAUAAUAGCAAUCUCUUAAUUAGCGGUGCCAUCAAAACACAGGUAAUACUGGCACUGAAAAAGGCUAAAAACCGAUCCACAGAUAUGAACGACGGAUACUCGACACCACUACAGAUAGUCGAUCCCAAUGUUUACGGUCCGUCGGAGGCCGAGAUGUCCGAGUUUAUAACACCGGGCAUAAUCAUUGCCGUAAUAUUUUUGUCGUCCACACUGUUCCCGGGUCUGACACUUAUCCAGGAACGCCGUAACCAACAAUUAGAGCGGUCGACAUUGGCCGGUGUUCGGGUAUCGGAAAUUAUUUUAGCCCAUCUACUCAUUCAUCUAUUGAUACUAUGUUUGCAAAUUAGUUUCAUUAUGUUUGUCACGUUCAGUGUAUUUGAUAUGCAUUUAACGGGAUCAGUAUAUCUGGUUUAUCUAUUGCUUAUGAUUCAGGGCGUAACCGGCCUGAGCUAUAGUAUAGCUAUAGCUUCGGUAUGCACUAGCGAAGUCUAUGCCAUUAUCAUAUGGUUGUCCACAUUUUCGUUGGCCGUCACUAUGUGUGGUACAUUCUGGCCAAUUCAAUGUAUGCCACCGGCGGCCGCACUGGUAUCCAAAUUGUUGCCGCAAUCUAUUGCCGGUAAUGGUUUGAGAUCUAUCAUAUCGAGAGGAUGGGAUCUAUCCUAUACUACUGUUCAACUUAGUCUAGCAAUACCAUUGUCAUAA